AACUAUGGAUACACAAAGACAGCAGUAGCUCUCUCAGUAAGCUGAUCCUGCAGUCGUACCAUCAGCAGAUAGACGCAGUGCUUCUCACUGGCCUCAUUCCUGCUAAUAUGCUGCUAGAUUUGGGCCUGAACAUGAUAAGGAAAGACUUCAUCAACUACCUUAGUUACUACUUGGACACUGAGGUGGAGCUGCAGGAGCAGGUGAUAAGAGUGAGGAAACUGUACCACCUGCUGGAGAUCAUGGGCACCUGCAGCACUUUCCUCAAUCUGCCUCACGAUUGCCUCUUCUCUGCCCUUUCUCGAAAUAAUGUUAAUCUAAUCAAAGAAAAGUUACGAUAAUUAACUUGUAGAAAAAGAAUAUCAUACCAUGCAUAUUCGAAGGGGGUGUGAUUAUGAUUUCCUGGCCUGGAAAGUUAUGGAAAAUAAUCAAAUCUGUAAAAAGUAAUUAUUCAAAAUUAUUCGUAGGCUUGUAAUUGCUCUUUGUGAGUGCAGUCUAUAAAAUAUAUAUUUUUAAUCCCUUUCCUUAUAUUAAUGUCUAGAAAAGUCAUGGAAAUUAAUUGGUUUAAAAUAUAGUUAAUCCAAAAAUGAAAAUUCUCUCAUCAUUUACUCUCCCUCAUGCCAUCCCAGAUGUGGAUGACUUUCUUUCUUCUGCUGAACACAAACAAAGAUUUUUAGAAGAAUAUUUCAGCUCUGUAGGUUCAUACAAUGCAAGUGAAUGGUGACCUGAACUUUGAAAAUGUGUAUAAAAGUAAUCCAUAAGACUCCAGUGGUUUGAUCAAUGUCUUCUGAAGCGUUUCAGAUGGUUUUGGGUCAAAACAGACCAAAAUGUAACACCUUUUUCACUGUACAACUUGCCAUUGCAGUCUGUAGGCAUGAUUCAUGAUUUCAAGCUCGAUUACACUUCCUAGCGCUUGACACAUGCACACUGAAAAUGUUAUUUUCUGUUCUCAGCCGAAAGAGAAAAAAAAAGCAGAAAAUCUUAACAGAAACUGUUACUUUAAAAUCAAGUAACAGAGACACUGACAUGAAGAAAAUGCAGCGUUUUAUGCGAAAACAUGUAAACUGCAGCUAAUGUUUAAAUAUAUACACUGGUGGCCAAAAGUUUGGAAUAAUGUACAGAUUUUGCUGUUUCGGAAGGAAAUUGGUACUUUAAUUCACCAAAGUGGCAUUCAACUGAUGACAAAGUAUAGUCAGGACAUUACUGAUGUAAAAAACAGCACCAUCACUAUUUGAAAAAAAUAAUUUUUAAUCAAAUCUAGACAGGCCCCAUUUCCAGCAGCCAUCACUCCAACACAUCCUUGAGUAAUCAUGCUAAAUUGCUAAUUUGGUACUAGCAAAUCACUUGCCAUUAUAUCAAACACAGCUGUAAGCUAUUUGGUUCAUUAAAUGAAGCUUAACAUUGUCUUUGUGUUUGUUUUUGAGUUGCCACAGUAUCCAAUAGACUGGCAUGUCUU